AUGCCCAAGAAACAUAACGCGGAACGUUACUUUCAGACGAAUCAUGGAACAUUUGCAACAAACUACACGGAGGGUUCGGAAAUUAGAAAGAAGAAGGUAUGUGAGCUAAAAUUGAAGAUUUCAGCUCAGCAAUCAGUAUUUGUUAGGCCAGUUUCAAAGUCUAAAAAUGCAACAACGAAUUCGUUUAAAAUUCCUCAGUUGCUAGAGAAGAAGGAAAAACCAUUUCAAGACGAUGAGUUGCUGAAGGAAGCGUUUCUUACAGGUGCUGAAAGCCUCUUUGACGAAUUCUCAAACAAGAGUAAAAUCAUCAAUGCGAUUCAGGACCUUCAAUUAUCAGACAGCACUGUUUUAAGGAGAAUAGAAGCAACUGCUGAUGACAUGCAAUCUCAACUGAAGAGAGACUUGGAAAAAUGUGAAUGGUUUUCUCUCCAAUUUGAUGAGUCCACGGAUAUUUCCGACACGUCCCAGUUAGCUGUUAUGAUAAGAAUGUUAUUUAACGACUUUUCUGUUAAAGCAGAAUUAUUUAAAAUUCUGCCUUUGAUGAUGAGAACGCGAAGAAAGGACAUUUAUAAUGUUUUUAAAACGUCUGCGUCAGAAAUUGGCUUGCCGCUUAAAAAGCUAUCGCCAGUUACCACAGACGGAGCACCUGCCAUAACAGGAAGAACCGAGUGUUUUCUAAACUUCAUGUCUUAUCACUGCAUCAUUCAUCAAGAAGCAUUGUGCGCAGAGAAAGAUAUUUCCAUUUGA